GAAUUGCAGAAGAGAAUGGAGCAACGCGGAAACUUCCAGAAACCACCGUCAUUUCGGAUAAAUUGAACGGUCAGUACCUAAUAGUCUUCCCUCCAAUUACCGCAGUCAAAGCUAAAGGACGACCAUGGUCUUCAAACUAUAUGGAUCAGCUUUUUCCACUUGCACUAAACGAGUUGCGAUCGUUCUCCACGAGAAAAGGGUUCCCUUCGAAUUUUUCCCUAUUAAUCUCGCUACCAGGGAACAAAAGACUCCUUCCUUCUUGGAAAAGCAGCCCUUUGGUGUCGUCCCAUAUAUCGAUGACGAUGGGUUCAUUCUCUACGAGAGCCGGGCGAUAAGCCGAUACAUCGCACUCAAAUAUGAAUCCCAAGGCACGAAGCUCAUCCCUACCCAUGACUUGAAGAAGAUCGCGCUUUUUGAACAAGCAGUCUGUAUCGAGCAGAGUUCAUUCGAUCCUUAUGUUACUGCCGUCGGGAUGGAAAAGAUCAUCAACCCGCGAAAAGGAAUCCAAACUAACGAGGCAACCGUCGAAGCUGCCCUCGCCUCUCUGUCUGCCAAAUUAGACGUUUACGACGUUAUCCUCGCCAAGCAGAAAUACCUCGCCGGGGAUGACGUUACUCUUGCCGAUUUUUUCCACAUCCCUUGGGGUGUUCUUCUCGUCGUUGCAGGGAGCGAUAUUAUGGAGAGCAAGCCCAAUGUAGCCAGAUGGUGGAAAGAUAUCACCUCCAGGCCAUCUUGGGCCGCCGUGAAGGAUGGUGUAAACAGUGUGGCAUCUUUCUAGGAUAAGAUGAACGUGCUGUCUGCUGACUCUCCAUGCACAUGUAAGAGGACUAAGAGAUGAGCCCCAAGUUAUGUAACAUUGCAGCUAUCAGUAGGACAACAAUAGGAUGUGAUGAUUAUUAGCUCGUCAUGACUGG